CUGUUUUUUUUUACCUUUGAAGAUUACGUUUGUUGUUAUUCGAAGAAAUCUCACUCACUUUCAGUUUCUGUUCUUCAGGAGAAAUCUGAUCUUUAUGAGAAGCUCUCUGAAGGUGGGAUAUCACUGCAAACAACCGAUGGACUCGAUGUAGGAUUCCUAGUUGAUUUCAAUGCCAAAGUAAAAGAAAGGCAAGAAAAUCGGUUAGCGGAGGUCAAUCAUUCUUUGCCCCAACCUUCGACGUCUUCUUCAUCUGAACAGUCUGCCCCACUCAUUGAGCACUAUGCUCCCGAUGAAGAAAGAAGGGUGUAUGGGCCCUCGCAUAUGAAAUUCUCAUCGGAUGAGGAAAAGCGCCAGGCUGAAAUCAGCUCACUAUACGCCAUGACAGCAGAAACAGAAAAAAUGCGAGCUAAAAAUAGAGCAGAAGCUGAACGGAAGGCGCAUGCAAGGCGAGAGAAAAUUAAUGCUUUGCGAAGAAGAAAAGGACUGCCAGAGGAAACAACACCUCUUGAAGUAAAUCUGGACGAAAUCGAUGUCGACGUCGGCGAGAUUCCACUUCCUGUUGAUGAGAAAGCAAAUGUUGACGAGAAAGCAAAGAAGAACGAAAGAAAAGUGGUGCGAGAAUGGGACCGUGGUAAAGGCACAUACAACACCUGGAUUCAGAAGCAACGAGAUGAACGUGACGAGGAGUUCGCUCCUCCGUCUUUCUAUUACAAUAACUGA